CUACAUUGUCUUUCUUGUUCCAGGAACAUAAUAGCUUUUCGAAUCGAUUUUCAGUAUAAUUAGUUAACAUACAAUAAUGUCAAACGAAGUAAAAAGUGUGUUGAGGCAACAAGACAAAAAUAAGAUAAGUGAUACUGCUGUAGAUCGAGAGUUUCUAUCAUCUACUUUUGACAAUAUUAAUUCAUUAUCAUCGAAAACGUGUAUAACAGAAACACAUGUGAUAAGUGAUGCUACAACUGAUCAGUGUAAUGCUUUUAGUUAUAAGCAUAAAGCAUUUAGUAAUUCAAGCUCAUUCCGGAUAGAAGCAAUUUUAGCUAGCGAAAAUGAUCAAAAAAAGAGUGUUGAGUCGGAUGCCUCACUAAACGAAGACACUCUUUCUAGGCCACUGUCAACAACCUCAUCCGGUUCAAGUCCGAGCAUUAGUCCUGGCUGUGAAGAUAUACGAGAUUUUACAGAGCCGAUAAAUAACAAUACAGAAGGCGCAAUAUCGAGCUACCGAGGUUUCCCCCCUUACUACAAUGUAUGUGCAACGCCAUUUAAUUUCGAUAAUGAUUGCACACGGACGCCAUCGAACGAUUUUGAUGUCACAUAUUCUAUGGAAUGCGUAAGAAGUAGCAUAAACCUGACACAGUUUCCUCAACUGGAAUUGAUGAGACGUCCAUAUCUUUACUAUCCGCGGCUGCCAGAUAUUGAAAUACCAGCAGGACACCACUCUGUGUACGGGAAAAAUCGGCGUCCACGAACAGCAUUCACAUCCCAACAACUAUUAGAGUUAGAGAAGCAAUUCAAAAUAAGCAAAUAUUUAUCGAGGCCAAAGCGAUACGAAGUAGCGAACAAUUUACUGUUAUCAGAAACGCAGAUAGCCGCGCGAGAUAGCUGGUGGAUGAUAAUCCAGACGACCGGAGUUCGAAACGCGGUGUUCUUGCCGGGUCUGGCGUCGGCCCAGUACUCGAAGCGAUCGUUAGAGGAGAUGGAGGGAUUGAAUCGGCGAACACGUCCAACGUCGUAA